CAAGAAGAUACAGGGUGUCCGGAAACUGACGGGUCAGUGAGCAUAUCAAAAUCUCCUAGACCUAAACCACAACCUAGACGACCACUUCCUCGUAUCGCAUUAGAAAUGGAAAACAGUAAACUCGAAGAACAGAUUUUGAAGAUUUUCGUCAGUCCUGAAAUGGCAAAGAUAUUUCAAGGCAUCAUGAAGCCCCUCUUCGAUGAACAGGCAAAGUUGCACAGCAUGGAAAUAUCUUCUCUCCAAAAAACAGUCUCUGAACAAAAAAGUACAAUAAGGGACCUAGACGAAAGAAUCGAUCAGUUAGAACAAAACGUCAAGCUGAACACGUUUACCGUUAGGGGACUAAAACCUACGAAAUCAGAGGAAGAAAAUAAGCAAAUUCUACUCAAACUCCUAAACAAGAUUGACGUCGAAAUGCAUUCGUCCGAAAUUACAAAUGCCUACCCAAUCGGAAAUGACCUGCUUCUGGUGAAAACAUCGAGUAGAGCUGCGAAACAAAAAGUAUUCUGUAAUAAAUCGAAACUGAAAGGCCUCAAAAGAGAUCCAAACGACCCUAUUGUUUACUUCAACGAAGACCUGACCAAAAGAAGAGCCUUGUUAUUCAAACGCAUGCGGGAUUUGAAAAAAGCCGGGAAAAUCAAGGGAACAUUCACACGUAAUGGAGAAAUCGUAGUCAUUACAAAUACAAAAGACGCAAAACCCAAAGAAAUAAAAAAUCUUGAAGACCUCGCCCGACUGGGAGUAACAACUAAUUCCGAUCAACAAGACAAUAAAUAGUUUAAUCUAGUUUUGCUUUUAAAUUUGAAUGAUAAGACAUGGACAACUGGCUAUUCUCAUAAUUCUAACCAAUUACACUUUCGUACUCAUCCGAUCCGUAUUUACGAUUAGCGUGUAAAUGAAAGGUAAGUUGUUUUUGCUGAUUAUAUGGAAAACGCACACGUAUUCAUACAAAUUCCCGUAUCGGGGACAUAUUCCCCAUAUAUUGGUUUUUUUUUCUAAAAUGUCAACGCCCAACGUUAUCAAACUGUGCCAUAUCAAUAUUCAAAGUAUAAAAACAGGAGGCCCUAACACAUUUGAACCUGCAAACUUCAAAAUCGACGAAAUCGAAACAAGGUUAUGUCUUAGUAAAGGGUUUGACUUUAUCUGCAUCACGGAAACCUGGCUCAAGCAAGGUUACGACGUAAAUUCAAUUGAAAUCAAUGGCUACGAUUUCAGUAGCAAAGAAAGAGAAACUAUCGGCGGGGGAGUAGGAGUCUAUUAUAAGCACGGCCUCCCUGUCAAAAGACGUUUUGAAUUGGAAAACAACCACAUUGAAUUAAUGUGGCUCGAACUUCAGCACAACAUGCACGCAUCGUCGUUCAUAGGGGUGUGCUACCGCCCUCCAAACCAGACAAGAGUGACACGUGAAAACUUCAUAGAAUCUUUCCAAGAAUCAAUCCUGCGCAUUAAAGACCAAAAUCCAAUAUCCAUA